GCGCCGCGGUGGAAUUUGCAGACUUCGCCGAGUCAGAGUGUGCAAGAGCAGCCACGGCACUCUCAGAGUGCAUCUGCUCCAUCCUCAUGUUCGAGGACAUGCCCUGAUGUAUCGCAGAUGGUUUCAGCCACCCACAUGUUCUGUGAUGGAGCUGAAGCUGCACACUUGAAACGCAGCCGCACGUCACCUGAGCUGGAUGCGAAGCUGCUGAGCCGCAGUGAGUUUUGCUUCGAUUUCGAGCUUGAUAGUGUGGCGCGAUGCAUAUCCUGCAGAGCGGAAGGCGGCGAGCUUUUUUUGAGCCCAUGCGAUCAACGGCAGUAUUGCAAGUGGUGUUGGAUUGCCGCUGAUUUCAACGAGUCGGGCGCGCCACCAUCCAAGUGGCAGCCCUGGCCAUUGAUUGCCGUGCAAGUGGUAAGUGUGUGGCAUGCAGAGGAAUUGGCAGCUGCCUGGUCCGGCCGAGAGCUGCCGAGAAUCCCACAAGAGCAACAAGCAUCCUGCCAUGCAGUCAGCGCUCCUCAAGCAACGAGCGAACCGGCUCCUCCGAAGGUCGACAUCGUGUCCACAAUUCCUAUCCAUUUGCAGCCCGAUAUGGUCGGACCGCUUGCACGGGAACGCCUGCAAUGGAGAGUUCAGCCAGGGCAACUUAUUCAGGACAGAUUUCGCAUCCUUCGUCAUCUUGGGCGUGGUAGCUAUACUGAAGCAUACCUUGCUGAAGACGUCGUGGGCGAGAGGAAGGUUUGCCUCAAGAGGCAUCAUAUUUUCGACGUCGAGGUGCUCGCUGAUCUGGCCGUUAUUGACCAGCGCCUGCAUGAGGCGGAUCCUGAAGGUUCUGCUUUUCCCAGACUUCUCGAGGCAUUCUUUGAUGGCCUUGGCUGGACGGUGGAGUCGCUGGUUGAAGGGCUGGAUUUGCAGGUCAAGAGCGCUGUUGAUCCGUCUUUUUUUGAGAAGGUGCCGCGCUUGAAGCUGGUUGCGAGAGGUGUGCUUGGCGGGCUGGCCUUGUUAGAAGAAGCAGGAAUUGUACAUAAUGACUUGAAGCCCGACAAUAUUGUCUGGGUCGAGGGCCCAUCAGGAACCUCGACCGUUCGCAUCAUUGACUUCAACUGCGCUCGUCUUGACAACCGGCAGAGUCCAGGACAGAAUUGGAAUGCGAGAGAAGGCGGUAUUGGCUGCCGUGCAUAUUGCUCUCCUGAGAUGGCUUUGGGAUUGCCGGUGACACAUAGCAGUGAUGUUUGGAGCUUGGCCGUCGUUCUAACCGAGCUGUACUCCAGACGUCCCUCAAGCUUGGUGUUGUGCUGCGACCGUGAAGCUGUACAGGUAUCGAUAGCACAGGCACUGGGAUUAUGCAACAUGCCCGAAGGAAUCCCGUCCUCCUUCCUGCGGAAGAGUCCUUUGACUUUGAACAGGAAUUUCACUCCAGCAUUCACGACAGUUCGUGGACAUUUGCCUCUUCGACAAAACCAGAAUGCUGAUAUGGAAGCGCUACGACCCGUUCAGUUUGGGCUUGGCCAUGUUUUCGGAUCCAAGACUGAUGACGAGGCGAACUUGCUUCGAGAUUUCCUUGAGGUUUGCCUCGUCUGGGAUGGACUCCACCGACCUACUGCAAAGAAGCUGUUGACUCGUUCCGGUUUCCUCGGGCGAGGCGCUGCUGCGAAGGCUUCCAGCGUCAAGAGGGCAGCCAAGCCACCAUGA